GACUGAAGGAAGUGGGAGGAAACGUACACACCCCCCAGCUUAUCACACACCUGGGCUUUGUUCACCAACCUGAGUGUUUCCCUCAAAGGCAAGGAGACAUCUUACGAGGUCACAGACUUAGUCUAACACUGGAGUCCAAGCAGAAGAGGCCACGGUGGAGGGGCUUGACCUGAAGCGCGGUCACUGACACGCCACGAUGGUGGGCAGCGUGUGGGUUGCUCUGGGACUCUCCCUGACCUGCAUCUCGGCCCUCAGCCUCCUCUCCCCUGCCUGGUUCCAGACGCCCACCUUCUCCUUUGGCGUCCUCUCCUACUGCUCCUGGCCUCAGGGUGACAGCUGGAACCAGAGCUGUGGGAUCUUCAGGUCCCUGGAUGACAUUCCGGACUUUGCCUGGAAGGUCUCAGCUGCGCUUCUCCUUGCAGGCUGGCUCCUCGUGGCCUUCCAUGCAAUUCUCCUCCUGUCCUGGGUCCUGGCCCCCAAAGAGCUGUGCCCAAGGAGGGGCAGUGGCAAAAUGCGGGGGGUGCAGGCAGCUGCAGCCACCACCACCGUUGUGGGCCUGCUGGCUUUCCCUAUCGGCCUGGCCUCCCCAUUUGCCAAGGAGGCCUGUGGAUCCUCCUCUGUGUACCGCAGUGGACAGUGCCAGCUGGGCUGGGGCUAUGUGACCGCCAUCCUCAACGCAGUCCUGGCCAGCAUCCUGGCCGUCAUCAGGUGGCCCCGCGCGACCAAAGUACAGGGGAGGACCAUCCGCUUCUCCAGCGACACUGAGAAAAUCAUCCUUAUGCCAGAAGUGAGGAAAUAAAAUUUUCUCAGGAGUGAAAAGAACCCAUUUUACAGGUACAUGAAAUCACCACGUACCUAGGUUCAAAUGCCACCUCUACUGCUUCCUUGUGACCUGAGGCAAGCCACUUCACCUCUCUGGACCUCACUGUAUUUUUCUGUAAAAUGGCUGUGUGUGAAAUAUUGCCGACCUUAUCCGGUUGUUAUGAUGGGAACUCAGGGAAACUGAGGUCAUAACCAAGAAAUCAUCCCCACCUGGGGACGACUCUUGUGCAUGGACCUUGGGGUACAUGGUACACUGUUUGCAAAAUGGCCUCAAUGA